UGCCACAGAGAGGGCAGCGGGUGGGCUUUGCCUCGUGCAAAUCCUCGCUCCCAAACUGCAGCCAGAAGCACUUCAGAGCUGACAGGGGGACACAGGAAGGAGCUGCAGCUCCUGAACACCCUGGAGCUGCUCCCAGCCUGUACCAUGGAGGGAAAAGCAGAUUAUCAGCAGAGCGUGGUGAAGCUGGUGGCUGCAUUUGAAGAGCACUGCAGGGACAGCACAUCUGUCCAGAGGGACAAGCAGGCAGGCAGGCAGCUUCCAGCAUUCCCUGCCAGCCAGAGCCACUCCCUGACCAGGAAAGAGGAUGAGGAGGAGAAGGGUCAGCAAGGCCAGCGUGGACUCAGCUUCAAAUGCCUCCGUUCUCUGCGGUCCAAAAUCCGUGAGGACGACUGGAGGAGGCCACAGGGCCCAGGCCUGGAGCCUGGCAGCCAGGAACCAGAGGAAAAGAAAAUCGCCCUGGAGCUGCUGGAGACAGAGCAGGCUUAUGUCAACCGCCUGCACCUCCUGGACCAGGUAUUCUAUACAGAGCUGAUGAAAGAAGCCAAAACUGGGAAGACGGUGCCAGAGGAGGUGGUGAAGAUGAUCUUUUCCAACAUCUCCUCCAUCUACCAGUUCCAUGCUGAGUUCUUCCUGCCAGAGCUGCAGAAGCGCAUGGAGGAUUGGCACCACAACCCCCGCAUCGGGGAUGUCAUCCAGAAGCUGGCACCCUUCCUCAAGAUGUACGGGGAGUACGUCAAGAACUUUGACAAGGCCGUGGAGCUCAUCACUGCCUGGUCAGAGAAAUCACCGCCCUUCCAGGAGCUCAUUGCUGACAUCCAGAAGAGGAAGGUCUGCGCUAACCUGACGCUGCAGCACCACAUGCUGGAGCCUGUGCAGAGGAUCCCGCGCUACGAGCUCCUCCUCAAGGAUUACGUCCGGAAACUCCCGCCCCAGUCCCCCGACAGGGGCGAUGCUGAGAAGGCCCUGGAGAUGAUUUUUAUGGUGGCCAAGCACUCCAAUGCAGCUAUUGCCGAGAUGGAACGGCUGCAGAACCUCUGGGUGGUCUAUCAGAGGCUGGGCCUCGAGGAUGACAUCGUGGAUCCCUCCAAUGAGCUGAUCAAGGAGGGGCCAAUCCAGAAAAUCUCCACCCGCAACAACAGCACGUCGGAGAAGUACCUGUUCCUGUUCAACAACAUGCUGCUCUACUGCGUGCCCAAGGUCAUCCAGGUGGGCGCCGAGUUCCAGGUCCACCUCCGCAUGGAUGUGGGGGGCAUGAAGGUGCGGGAGCUGAAGGACGCUGAGUUCCCUCACACCUUCCUGGUGUCAGGAAAACAGCGGACACUGGAGCUCCAAGCCAGGUCUGAGGAGGAGAUGAACGACUGGAUCCAGGCCUUCCAAGAUGCCAUUGACAGGAAGGAGAAGAGGAGUGAGACCUUUAAGACAGCAGUCCAUGGACUGGAGACAGACACCCCUGCACUGAAGGCAGAGGAGCUGGGCCGCCGAGCCCCUCAGUGGGUGAGGGACAACCUGGUGACCAUGUGCAUGCGCUGCAGGGAGCCCUUCAACGCCAUCACCCGCCGCAGGCACCACUGCCGGGCCUGUGGCUAUGUGGUGUGUGCUCGCUGCUCUGACUACAAGGCCGAGCUGCAGUACGAUGGGAACCGCCCCAACCGCGUCUGCCAGGAGUGCUUCAUCUUCCUCACCGGCCACACGGUGCUGGAGGACCGCGAGGGGAAGCACAAAGGCAUCCUGGAGAAAGGAGCUGCAGAGGUAUCAAGCAGGAGUUUGCUCUGCAGUUCCCUGCAGCUGCUGGACAAGAACGGCAAGGGGGGCACGCGGGGCUGGUUCGUGAUCCCACAGGACGAUCCCCUCGUGCUCUACAUCUAUGCAGCCCCCCAGGACGUCCGAGCCCACACCUCCAUCCCCCUGCUGGGCUACCAGGUGCGGGACCUGCCCCAGAGCGAGUCCCGGCACCUGUUCCAGCUGGUGCAGUCCCGGCAGGUGUUCACCUUCGUGGCCGACACCGAGGAGCUCAAACAGCGCUGGAUGAAGGCCAUGGCGCGCUCUGCUGCGGGGAUCACCGAGGAGGAGGAGGAUGAAGAUGAAGCAGAAUGAGGCCACUCCCAGCCCUGCACUGCCUGGGGGGGUCACACCUCCCCUGCCUGCUCUCACUGCUGGCUUUGGGCACAUGGCCGAAGUCGCUGAAUUCUGGAUUUCCAUCGCGAUAGGGGCAGGAUGGGGACACGUUUGCCAGCACAAGGACGAGCUGGGAUCCCCUUUUGCUCCCUGCUCACUCUCCAUGCUGGACAGAGCCGCUGGGAGCAG